AUGGAGGAGUCGAGCAUGAAUCCGAAGCCAGCACCGCACCCUGGGUCCGUAGAGAAAACCCCAUGCUCCGGGGAAGGGAUAGACCCAGGCAAUAUUGAUCACCAGCUAAGAGUACUAAAUGGCGCUCUCUCGGUGGGCUUCUGUUUGCGACAACAUGCAAUUCCUUACGCGGAAAUCGCAUGGUUCGGGCCCUCCGUCCGUCCCAAGGCCCCUCUAUGUAAGUUUGAGAACGUUCCCGCCAAGUGGAUGCCCUUUUUUGCCCUCUUCGCUUUCGACGGGCUCGCUCGCUCUCAGCAGAGCAAGCAUGCCAUGUCUAUCUUAUCACCCAGGGCCAAGCCCAAGCCAAAGAGAACGAGGCGCAAAGGCAACGCAUCAGACUGUGCGCCAUGGCGCGUCGUUGAGAGAGAUGGAGGAGCCCUGGGAGCAUCUAGCACGACGGCUGCCACGAGCGAAUUGUCAAUCCAAAACCGUGGAGAGGGACUUGCGGGCUGCCUCUGCGAGCUCCAGAAGGAACGAGACGGUAGUGUUCCAACGCCGCUCCAGUGCUCCACGGUUCGGGGCUCCGUUUUGUCGAUCUGGGGUGGCCCCCGUCGUUGGGACUUGGCUCUUUUGAUCGUUAGGUCCCCUGAUAUUCAGCUGGGACAGCACAGCUGA